AGGAGAACGUCGCUCAGCAUCCAGCGCUCUUCCCGCCUUGUUAAUAAUAUUAUUAGCAUACGUAGGACAACAGCGCGAUCCAACAAAGCGGACGACGCCGUGCAGUGAGUGACAAUAUUCCAAUCUUACUACUACUACUACUACUACUAAUACUACCACUACUACAACUACUACUACGAAGUCAACGACAAAACUCCAAAAAUGCAGAAGUGCUGUUUCUGUUGCAACCUUCGCCAAGGAACGAUUACCAGUACGAUAUAUUCUCUGAUUUUGUCGGGCAUCGUACUCGCCUAUAUGGCAUAUGUGAUCUAUUUGGUCGAAAUAGCCAAACAAACGGUUAACCAGGCCUAUCGAGACCUGCAAGGUUUUGGAGAUGGAGGAAUGGACACUUCAAUGCUUGUGACACUGCCUGCCAUUCCAUUGUACGCCUUCACCGGCUUAUAUGGACUGUGGUUUAUCUUCAGUAUAAUCGCCAUGGUGGGAGUGUGCACCAAAGUACGUGGGAUGCUCUUACCAUGGGUAAUAGUCACGGCAAUCAUCAGUGCGAUUGAAGUUGCUUGGAUCGUCUUAACUUUUCUGAAAGUUGGCUUUGUUUUGGUGUUCUUCAUCAUUCUUGGAAUUAUGGCCAUUUUCUUGGCACUAAACAUCUACGCAAUGGUCGGUGUCUGCUUCUACUUCCGAGAGCUGGGAGUUUCUGAAGAACAGGCUGGUGGGCAGCAAUUCAUUCCACUGGAGCACUCGGCUGGUCAGCCCCAAGGGAUGUACUACCCCCAGCAGGCUUCCGCUCCCCCAGACUACAAGGAGAAAGACCAGCCCCCUAACUACUAACAUCCGGGUAGUUAAGAUGGAUAUCACAUGACGUUACGUCUGGUUAAGUUGUCGUACGUAAUAAGCCUACUGAUUGAAGCAGAUUGAGUCUUCGGUUAAUUUUUACACUUACUUCACACACAAAUCACGAGUAAUAGUUUAUAAACUGUGGAAAGUGAAUACAAGUUAUUGGUAAUUUUCAGCCAGAACUUUUUCCCCCAAAGAACAUGUAUAAGUCAGUCAUUUUCAUUGUAAAACAAUCAUCUGCCGUUUGUGUGGGCGCCCGGUAGCAUUCGGUCAACUUCGAUACAACACCAUAUGAGGAGUGAACUAAGGUAGUACUUAUCCCUAAGCAGUGACGUCAGUGAUCUCUUUCUGAUUGGGAGAUUUCUACAUGAUCUUCAAUUUGAUGUGAAUUCGCUUUGGUGUGUAUACAGUUGUAGGUACACAAGGACGUAUGGUACUUAUCGUAAAAGGGCAAUGUUUGCUUGGUUGUUGGUUUAUAUGUUUUUGGAGUGGCCAUUUUAGUGGAUUUGAGAAACUUUUAAGGUGUAGUAGGCGACAUUUAUGUCAGACAUACAGCUAGUUUUUUUAUUGAUGGGUAACGUAGAUAUAGGUUGUUUAAACGAUUUAAGAAGUUCUUUAUAAAAAGUACAUGUAUAUAUGUGCACACGGCAGUUUGGGUGACAGACCGACUGAAAGUUAACAGUGUUCUGAAAAUGAAAAAUGAAAAAAUUAACCUUACCUUUAUGAGCAAGCGUAGUCAGAAUUCAUUAGACUGUAAGAUGACCCAUCUAUGAUUGUUUUUACUUGUAAGAUCUAAAUAUGUACCUGAAAUCUCAUUCAUCGUUAUUUGCCUAUCUUGUCACAUAGAUUGUUAACUGCAGACGAUAAUCUUCUGUGUAAAGAUUUUUUAUGGUGCUUCAACUUUCCAAAUAGCAGCUGCAUUUACUUAAUUUUAUUUAAUGUAUAUUUUAGAAACUACCUUAAUCAUUUCCCAAACUCAAACAGACCAUUACAACGAACCUUUUGAGUUAGGUGAAAGUUUUAUACAAGCAUAUUUUUUUGUUUUUGGAUUAGUCUUAUGUAUGAGUGUUUGGCCGUACAGUGAUUUGGAUUUCCUGUAUAACGCAUUUUAAGGAAGCGUUUUUUAGGGAACAACCCAUAUCUGAUCAAUUUUUGGAUGAUAUAUUCUUGGAUAUACUUUUUGUAUGAUAUAGGGACUAAAAUUUUCUUAUUUUCAGGUUUUUCUGUUUAUUUUCUUUCAAUACAAGAAUGAUGCUGGCAAACACGGCAAUUUAGUACGUACAAGUGAUUUUUGGUCAGGAACAUGGUUUUUACAUAUAUUAGCCCGUUCAUUUCCAAAACAAGGACAGAAUACUUAUGAUAGACUUACUUAACAUCAGUGACGUGAUUCUACAGGUACGUGAAAGUCUUAAACCUAAGAUCUCACAAGAUUUAUACCCGACAGUACCCGUGUUAAACCAGAAUCAGAUUUAAUCCCAAAUAUGUGUCUUCAUUGAAAUAACGUUUUUUAGACAAUACCUAGACUAAAGGACCCUUUGUCACCAAUAAACUCUGACCAAAUCUUAUAUUUCAUUCAUCAAAUGGGGACCACGUAUUGCUUAACUUUUGAGUAGAAAUUUAUGGAAUUGGUAUAGUAUUCUUGUCUGCAGUGAUUUGUAGGAUUUAUCAAAGUUUACCCAUUAUUACUCUUUCAUAAAUCAAAACUUCCAUAUUUUCUUAAUGUUUUUUUUUUCAAUAUUUGUAUAAUCGGGAUCUUAUAUAGGUAUUUUGAAAUAUUUGUAAGUUUGCUGUUUGAGUGGUACAUGUAAAACAAAUGUAACAUUGUGCAGAAAAUUUCCCUGGCAGCAUACACUCUAAUUCUCUUUAUUACUUGAAGCGAGAUAUUUUUCAUAAACUGAAAUAUCCAUUGGUAUCGACUACUAGUACAUUGUAUAUUAGUAGGAAAUUUUGCUCUAAUCGACUUUAAAGAUUAUUACUCACUUACGAAGUACAUUUGUGCGCACAUGGUAGGAAACUUAGUCAUUUAUUAUUAGUAUGUUUUGAUCAGAAGUGUACACUCUCUACCAGGAUCACAGAUCAAUUUUUGCACUACAUAUAUACAGAUGUCUUAGGUGAGAAAAGUGCACAUUAUUAAUAUGCGGCCUUGGGAGAGGGUAAGCAGAUGCACACAUGUAUGUUUGCCGUUAGAACUCAUUCGGUACUGUCGUUAUUUCUCACGCGACAUUUGAUGCGAGUGCCCUUUUAGUAAUUCAAGUACAAAACGUUUGGCUAACUAAUGUUUGUGGUCACGAUAUCCAUCUAAAUACUUUAUAAAAUCCGUACAACCGAAUGUCAUUAUUUUUUGUGGCAUUUUCACUAUGCGAACGAAAGAGUAUUGAAACCAGGUCAGUCCGUAGCUUUAUAUGAUCUGUUCAAACAUUAUACCAUUUGAAAUUUUAAGACUAUAUAAAUUUCCCUGGAUUUUACAUUUGUAUGUACAAUUUCGCCGAUUUGUAAUAAAGUAUGUUGUAUAAAUGUGAA